CGAUUCACAUUUAACCCUAAUAGGGCAUCUCCAUGUGAAGUUCUCAGAGUCCCAGGUCCAAAGCGUGAUGACGGAGUUGUCCUUGUGCCAGGAUCUCUUUCACUCAUCUUUGACUUGGCAGUUAGUGGUCGCGCAAACAAUUAUACCGUGAACAAUGUCACAAGAGCUCAUGUUGACAGGUUGACUGUGAAAUUCGCAAGAGAAAUCGCGCAGAACACUGAUGGUAUGACCUAUUCAAGCUAUAUGAGGACCUCUUCUUGACUGAUAAUGAGAGGGCGAGCAUGUUCAGAGAAGGUAUUCAAUCUGGAGACCUUUAGAAGAUAAGAUGCAAGACUGGGGAUAAGAGGACUUCAGGUGUUGAUAAAGAGAAUAAGCUCAAUGAAGUUUAUGGCAACAAAUAUAGGAUUCCAUUGGAUUAUGAAAUUCUGAAGGAUCAUGGACUCUCCUCCCCAAGAGCUCUUCCUGAUGAGCUUCUUUUCGAGCUCAGGCUUGCACCUGCAGGCAAUGUUGCGAUAAGAUCUCACGAGACACAGCUUGCCUAUGAAUUGACUAACAUCCAGCUUGAGUAUGAAGUCAUUCAAAGUGAAGAACUUGCAGAUGAGGCCAUGUCUAAGUACAAAAAUGGAGAAGGAUUCAUGUACGAGCACGUCACUCAUCUCAAGACAAUCUCAGUAGAUAAAGGAUCAGACACAAUCAUCAAUGAGAACAUCAAUGUUCCAAGGAAGUCAAUGAAGGGACUUCUUUUUUACGAGCCAUAUGUCGCUGGUGCGAGAGACAGUGAGAAGACAUUUAAUCCCGUCAUCACUAAAGUGAAGGUGAUUGUCAAUGGAAUCCCAAAUAAGGUUAACAGCUAA